GCAUGCGCCGUCCCUACCUCGGCCGCCAUCUUCCUUCGCGGGAGGAGGAAGAAAAUGGAGCCCGGCGGGGCCCGCCGCGAGAAGCUGCCGCCUCCUCCAAUCCCGCUGCCGCAGCAGGGGACACCCCCCAAGGGCAAGGACGGUCCCAGCAGCCGCCUGGAGAAGGCCAAGCAGCGCGCGGCCCAGCAGGAGCUCAAGCAACGGCAACGGGCUGAGAUCUACGCCCUCAACAGGGUGAUGACUGAGCUGGAGCAGCAGCAGUUUGACGCCUUCUGCAAGCAGAUGAAGGCUUCCAGCGACUGAGGACGUGAGCCGCACUCCAGACGGGCCGCUCGUUAACCUCGCACCCGUGGCAUCCCUUGAAGACCAGCACUUUCCCACCCAUGGCCACAGUCGGCGGCCAGGCAGAACUGCACACCCAGGAGCAGGGAGGAACAGCCAACCUCUGCUUCCAAUGCCACAUAGCUGACACUGCCUUACUGGAGCGUUCCCCUGCCAAACCUUCCUUGAGUGGAGUCCUCCCUUGAAAACUUGUGUCGUUUUUUUAAAAAAUCCUAUUUAUUACUUUGGUUUGAGAAAUAAAGUUGUGUUUUUUCAAAAAA